CCAGAAAAUGAGUAGAGCGCUCUUCUCACGGAGUCAGAUUUUCUUCCUCCCUAAGAAGAGAAGGUCAUCCUAUCCAUUCUCCAACGUAGGAGGGACCCCACGUUGUAGAGUUUUAGGCCCGGGCUGGCCUGCAGCAGCGCUCCCUCUCCGGCACUUGGGUGUGCAGCCCCUGGCAAGCGGCGGCUGCGGCCAGAAGCCUGCAGGGCGCGCUGAGCGCCGGCGAGCGGCUCGCGGAGGCUCGACAGCAGGAGGAGCGUGUGAGCUGUGGGCGUCUCUUUUAAGAGCAGCCGGCCGGCCCGGCCUCCGCCUCUCAGUCCUCGAAGUGCUUACGGUCACCUGAAGUUCGCGGGCAGCCAGACUACUCUCUCCACGAAGGUGGCAGAGGGGGCCCACUCGCUCGAGCCCCGAGCUGCCUGGGAGCGUGGCCCGCCCGCGCCUCUCCGGGGCGGAGGAUGCGGGAGCGCAUCUGGGCGCCGCUGCCGCUGCUGCUGCGGCUGCUGCUGCUGCCGCCGCCGCUGUGGGGUGGUCCCCCGGACAGCCCGCGUCAGGAGCGGGAGCCUGAACCGGGGCCGCUGCAGCCCUACGACCUGCUCUACGCCAGCGGCGUGGCCGCCUACUACAGCGGGGACUACGAGCAAGCCGUGAGCGACUUGGAAGCGGCGCUGCGCAGCCAUCGGCGCCUGCGGGAGGUCCGCGUGCGCUGCGGCCGCCACUGUGCCGCGCGCCGCCCGCUCGCGCCCUCCGGCGUCGGGGCCGGGCCCGAGCUGCACUCGUUCCGCGCCUUGCUGGAGCGGGCGCGCUGCUACCGCAGCUGCGAGAGCCAGCGCCUGGGGGGACCCACGUCCCGCCACCGCGUCAGCGAGGACGUGCGCAGCGACUUCCAGCGCAGAGUGCCCUACAACUACCUGCAGCGGGCCUACAUCAAGCUAAACCAGCUGGAAAAGGCAGUAGAAGCAGCCCACACAUUUUUUAUGGCCAACCCUGAGCACAUGGAAAUGCAGCAGGACAUCGAGAAUUACAGGACAAUGGCGGGCGUUGAAGCAUUCCAGUUGGUAGAUCGAGAAGCCAAACCACACCUGGAGAGUUACAGUGCAGGAGUCAAACAUUAUGAGGCUGAUGACUUUGAGCUAGCAAUCAAGUACUUUGAACAGGCUUUAAGAGAAUAUUUCAAUGAAGAGAUGGAAUGUCGAAUCCUGUGUGAGGGGCCUCAGAGAUUUGAAGAGUAUGAAUAUUUAAGGUAUAAAGGUGGUCUCUAUGAAGCCAUUGCAGAUCACUACAUCCAGGUGCUGAUUUGUCAGCAUGAAUGUGUGAGGGAACUUGCUACCCGCCCUGGCCGCCUCUCACCAAUUGAGAAUUUUCUCCCCCUGCAUUAUGACUACCUACAGUUUGCCUACUAUCGAGUUGGUGAAUAUGUAAGAGCCUUGGAGUGUGCCAAAGCCUAUCUUCUGCUCCAUCCAGAUGAUGAUGAUGUCCUAGACAAUGUAGAUUACUAUGAGAGUCUGUUGGAGGACAGUAUUGACCCAGCAUCCAUUGAAGCCAGAGAGGAUAUGGCUAUGUUCGUAAAACGUCACAAACUGGAAUCAGAACUCAUAAAAUCAGCUGCAGAGGGUCUGGGAUUUUCAUACUCUGAACCAAAUUAUUGGAUCCGAUAUGGAGGACGACAGGAUGAGAAUCGAGUCCCUUCAGGAGUGAGCACAGAGGGAGCAGAAGUUCAUGGAUUGUCAAUGGGGAAAAAAUCAUCAACCAAAAUAGGACGAGAUCUCAGAGAAGGAGGCCCCUUGCUCUAUGAGAACAUUACGUUUGUCUACAACUCAGAGCAGCUGAAUGGAACUCAGCGGGUGCUUCUGGACAACGUCCUGUCUGAAGAACAGUGCCGAGAGCUUCACAGUGUGGCUAGUGGAAUCAUGCACGUUGGUGAUGGAUACAGAGGAAAAACUUCACCGCAUACACCCAAUGAAAAGUUUGAAGGUGCAACUGUCCUGAAAGCACUCAAAUUUGGUUAUGAAGGCCGAGUCCCUCUGAAGAGUGCCCGUCUGUUUUAUGACAUCAGCGAGAAGGCUCGAAAGAUUGUAGAAUCCUAUUUCAUGCUGAAUUCAACCCUGUAUUUUUCCUAUACACACAUGGUCUGCCGAACAGCUCUAACGGGUCAACAGGAUAGAAGAAAUGACCUCAGUCAUCCCAUCCAUGCUGACAACUGUCUGCUGGACCCUGAGGCCAACGAGUGCUGGAAGGAGCCCCCUGCCUACACCUUCCGGGACUACAGUGCACUCUUAUAUAUGAAUGAUGACUUUGAAGGAGGAGAAUUUAUAUUCACUGAAAUGGAUGCCAAGACUGUGACUGCCUCUAUAAAACCAAAAUGUGGGCGUAUGAUCAGCUUCUCAUCUGGAGGAGAGAACCCCCACGGGGUGAAGGCGGUCACCAAGGGCCAGAGGUGUGCUGUGGCUCUGUGGUUUACCUUAGACCCACUCUAUAGAGAACUGGAGCGAAUAAAGGCCGAUGAAGUGAUCGCAAUCCUGGAUCAAGAACAGCAAGGGAAGCGUGACCUGAAUAUCAACCCCAAAGAUGAACUAUAAAAAUGAGAAAGAAUAUUCUAUCAGAUAUUUAUUUAAAUUGUUAAUCUUAUGAGAACCUCUUUAUUUUUGUACAGAACAUGGUAUAAAUUAACAGGUUAAUAUGAAUCACCAGAACUCCCUUCUGUUCCUAAGGAUGCUUGCUUUGCCUAGUCUGUCUGUCUUGGUUUUUCAUCAAUUCUUCUCCCAAAGACAGUUACCCUUGUCCCCACUGCACUUGAGCACAUGCACACACAUACACAAACACACACACAAACACACACACACAGAUACAUCCACUUCAUUUGCUGCAAAUGCAAAAGCUCAAAUAGAGAGCAUUAAGUUCAUUUGUGGCAAAAUAUCAGCUCUUGUACAUGUUUUAGUUCUAAGGUCAGACUCAAACUUGGUCUCUGAAGACCUCCUGUGCCAUUCAGCCAGCUUCUCAUAGCACUUGGGCUGGGGAGCCCCAGGGGUUUCCCCACUGCCUCCUACAUCACUGUCUUACUGCCCCCAGACACAGAGAGGAAAUUUUAUGCUAAGUCCUACACGAGCCAGCUAUCAUCCUCUCUGGGCUGUGGCAGAGUUUUUGACUCUUGUAUUUUCACCAGAGAACAAACUUAUCCUGGAAACUCUUUCAUACUCUGCAGGACUCUGGAAAGAACAGACCUAUGCAUUGUGCCUUUGAAAAAGCUGUUAUAGGGGUUGAAAUAGAAACACCCUUCACCCCAUUUACUUUGGAAAAACGCUAAUCCCACCUAAGCCAUUUCCACAUUGCUGGAGAUUGGGGUCCACUGGUGAGACGGGACAUUUUGUUAGAAAAAAAUGGACUUCUGAGCAAUUCCAGUUUUCAUCUGCACAUAUUUUGGUGAACCCCUCCUCAUGGCUGCUGCUAUUCAACCCAUGGAUUCAUGCUAUGUCUGGAUUAUUUAAUAAAGGGAGCCU